CAACAGAGCAGAAGGAGGAAAACAGCAAGUCUGAGGCAGAAGAGCCAAGAUGACGGAGAUGGACCUCCUUAACAUUAUGGAUGAUUUAAGAGACAAUGAAUUUGAGAACUUCAAGUGGUCCCUGAAGUAUGAAAAGGUGACAACAAAAGGACAAAAGGACAUCCCACCCAUCAAAGAGAGCCAGCUGUCGAAGGCAGAGAGGCGGGACGUGGUGGAUCUGAUGGUGCAGAAAUAUGAAUUUGCUGGAGCUGUGGAGGUGAUCAAGAGCAUUUUAAAAAAGAUCAGCAGAAAUGAUCUGGUGAGGGAGUUGCCAAACAUCGGCUCAGGAGCAGAAGCAGAUAGUGGUCUGCAGGAAGUUUUAUAUAUAUAUAAGUUAAGUCUGAGGAGGAGAUGUCAGCGUGUGACUGAAGGAACUGAUGAAGCAGGAAGUGAAACCCUCCUCAACAGGAUCUACACUGAGCUCUACAUCACAGAGGGAAAGACUAAAGAGGUUAAUACCCAACAUGAGGUGUGGCAGCUUGAAACAGCUUCCAAGAUUGAGACCCUCCAUGACACUCCAAUCAAGUGCUGUGACAUCUUUAAAGUCUUACCCAAUCAACAGAAACAUAUCAUUAAAGUUGUUCUGACGAACGGUGUCGCUGGUGUAGGAAAAACCUUCUCAGUACAGAAGUUCACUCUGGAUUGGGCAGAGGGUUUGGUAAACCAAGAUGUCAGUCUGGUGAUUCUGUUUUCGUUCAGGGAGCUGAACUUUAUCAAAGAUGAGCAGUACAGUCUUCUCAUGCUGAUCCAUGAAUUCCAUCCAACAUUACAGAAGGUCACAGCAGAGGAUCUCCAUGACUGUCAAGUUUUGUUCAUCUUUGAUGGCCUGGAUGAAAGCAGACUUUCACUGGAUUUCAAGAAUAGGAAGGCUGUGUCUGAUGUCACACAGAAGUCAUCAGUCAAUGUACUGUUGACAAGCCUCAUCAAUGGGAAUCUGCUUCCCUUGGCUCUUGUUUGGAUAACUUCCCGACCUGCAGCAGCCAAUCAAAUCCCUCUUACAUGUGUUGACAGGGUAACAGAAGUACGAGGCUUCACUGAUGCCCAGAAGGAGGAGUACUUUGGGAAGAGAUUCGGUGAUGAAGAGCUGUCCAGCAGAAUCAUCUCACACAUCAAGACAUCCAGGAGCCUCCACAUCAUGUGUACCAUCCCAGUAUUCUGCUGGAUCAUUGCUACAGGUCUGGAACACAUGUUGACUACAGACCAGAGAGGAGAGCUGCCCAAGACCCUGACUGACCUGUACUCACUCUUCCUGCUGAUUCAGACAAAGAGAAAGAAGCACAAGUACGAUGAGGGACAUAAGACGAGUCAACAGGAGCUGACGGAGGCUGACAGGGAAGUUCUUCUGAAGCUGGGGAGGCUGGCAUUUGAACAUCUGGAGAAAGGAAACAUCAUGUUCUACCAAGAAGACCUGGAGCAGUGUGGUCUUAAUGUCACAGAGGCCUCAGUGUUAUCAGGAGUUUGCACAGAGAUCUUCAAAAGAGAGAAUGUGAUCUUCAAGAAAACAGUCUACUGCUUUGUUCAUCUGAGCGUUCAGGAGUUUCUGGCUGCAGUCUACAUGCACCACUGUUUCAACAACAACAACGCUGACUUACUGGAGGACUUCCUGGGAGAAGAGAUAAAACUCAGGCAGUCAAAACCAGAGUCUUUCCUUGAGAAGACUUCUUCUAGUUUCAGAAACAAUGACUGUGACCCAUCUGAUAAUAAUCAUUACCACCCAUCCCUGGAUAGCACAUACAUGAGAAAGAAGUACAAAAACAGGAAAUCAAAACGAAAGUCUUUCCUCAAGAAGAUUACUGCUUUUUUUAGAAGCAAUGAUAGGCAUGAUGAUGAUGCUGAUGAUAAUGAUGAUAGAACUGAUGUUGAUGAUGACAGACAUGAUAACCAUUACCCAUCCCUGGAUGUCUUCCUGAUGGGAGCCUUGGAGAAAUCUCUAAAAAGCAAAAAUGGCCACCUGGACCUGUUUGUUCGCUUCCUUCAUGGCCUCUCUCUGGAGUCCAACCAGAGUUUCUUAGGAGGCCUGCUGGGUCUGACAGAAAAAGGUCCAGAAAUCAUCCAGAGAGUCAUUGACAACCUGAAGAAGAUGGACAUGUACAAAAUCUCUCCUGACAGAAGCAUCAACAUCUUCCACUGUCUGAUGGAAAUGAAUGACCGCUCAGUACAUCAGGAGAUCCAAGAGUUCCUGAAGUCAGGGAACAGAUCAGAGAAAGAACUCUCUGAGAUCCAAUGCUCAGCUCUAGCCUACAUGCUGCAGAUGUCAGAGGAGGUUCUGGAUGAGUUGGACUUGGAGAAGUACAACACAUCAGAGGAGGGAAAACGGAGACUGAUCCCAGCUGUGAGGAACUGCAGAAAGGCUCAGCUUUCUCACUGUGGACUCUCAGAGACUCACUGUGAAGUUGUGGCCUCAGCUCUGAAGUCCAAUCCCUCCCAUCUGAGAGAACUGGAUCUGAGUUACAACCCCCUGUAUGAUUCAGGAGUGACGCUUUCUGCUGGACUGGAGAGUCCAAGCUGUAGACUGGAGACUCUAAAAUUGUGUUGGUGCGGUUUGUCAGAGAUCAGCUGUGCUUCUCUGGCCUCAGCUCUUAAGUCCAACCCCUCUCAUCUGAGAGAGCUGAAUCUGAGUAACAACAAGCUGCCGGAUUCUGAAGUGGAACAACUGUGUGAUUUUCUGGAGAGUCCAUACUGUAGACUGGAGACUCUGAGAUUGUGUUCCUGCAAUUUGUCAGAGAUCAGCUGUACUUCUCUGGCCUCAGCUCUGAAGUCCAACCCCUCCCAUCUGGGAGAGCUGGAUUUAAGUAAAAACAAGCUUCAGGAUUCAGGAAUGAAGCUGCUGUGUGAUUUUCUGGAGAGUCCACACUGUAGACUGGAGACUCUGAGAUUGAGUGACUGCAGUUUGUCAGAGAUCAGCUGUGCUUCUCUGGUCUCAGCUCUGAAAUCCAACCCCUCCCAUCUGAUAAAGCUGGAUCUGACAGACAACAAGCUGCAGGAUUCAGACGUGAAGCAACUGUGUGAACUUAAGGAGAAUCAACACUGUACGCUGGAGACUCUGGGAUUGAGUGACUGCAGUUUGUCAGAGAUCAGCUGUGCUUCUCUGGUCUCAGCUCUGAAGUCCAACCCCUCCCAUCUGACAGAUCUGGAUCUGAAUAACAACAAGCUGCAGGAUUCUGAUGUGGAACAGCUGUGUGAUUUUCUGGAGAGUCCACACUGUAGACUGAGGACUCUGAGAUUGGAGCGCUGCGGUUUGUCACAGAUCAGCUGUACUUCUCUGGUCUCAGCUCUGAAGUCCAAUCCUUCCCAUCUGUUAGAUCUGGAUCUGAGUGGAAACAAGCUGCAGGAUUCAGAUGUGAAGCAACUGUGUGAUUUUCUGGAGAGUCCACACUGUAGACUGGAGUAUCUG